AUGAACUCGGACAGCGACCCUUUGUCCACCUCACCAGACGUGAUGUCGGAUCAGAAGAGGCUGCUGCAGCUCAGCAUCAACAGGAACCAGGAGGACAGCGCCGUGUCCUCGGGUAGCGAGCCGGAGUACGGCGGUCCGCCGGCCCAGAUGAGCGUCACUGAGCGUCUGAUCCGCUCCCACCCGGUCUGGUUCCUGCCGGGGCUGCACCGCGCCGGCGCCGAACACCUGCUGCAGGACAAACCGCCCGGGACGUUCAUCGUGCGCCAGUCCAGCCGGGCGCCAACCAUGGCGCUGACUGUGCGCCUGCCGCCCGGCAAGGGGCCGCACGUGGAGCACUUCCUGGUUCGCGUGCAGGGCGGCAAGCUCGGGCUCGAGCUGUCCGACCACCGGUUCGACAACAUCUCCAGCCUGAUCGCCCACUACUCGUGCCACAGGGACGAGCUGCCGGUGCUGCUGCAGCUGCCGCCCAGUCUGCAGCGUGUCGACUCGCGUCACCAGCUCUCCUCGCUGGCACUCCUCGGACAAGAGUUCUGGACGUGUCGGCUGGCCGGCCGCGCCCGGCCGCCGAGCACGCUGCCGCUGACGCCGGAUGCCGGGCUAACGCGCCUCAUCAGCCCGGAGCUCGUCAGCCGCGUGGGGAGCCCGACCGGCACGGUGACAUCCGUGGCGAAGGCGCCGCCGCCGCCGCCGCCCCGCUGGUGCAAGCCGUCGCUCUCCUCCCCGGCGGGGAUCUGCUGCGACGGAGACGACGACGGCAACUACGGCGACGCCAGCGGCGGUGCGCCCGAGCGCAUGGUAUCGACGGCCACGUUCCAGGUCAGCUCGCCCGGCGGCGGCACGAUUCGCAGCGAGAUGAGCGUGUUCAUCCGCGGGCCGGCGCCGCUGCGGGCCGCCAGCGGCGACGCCAUCGCAGCCGGCGGCCGCGACGGCGGCGCUGGCCCAGAGACGGCCGUCGACACGGCGUCGCCGGCCACCACGCCCGGCUCGUGUGAGGAAGCCGCUCUGCAGGGGCCGCCGCGCGGUGGCCGGCGGCGCGGCCGCAAGAAGCGCUCCGCCCACUACCAGGAGUCGGACCUGCUCGACUCGCCGGCCGCCUACUGCCGCAGCUCGGUGGCCGACAAGAUCUCCGACUACGAGGAUAUAUGGGCGUCGCCGGCGCGCGAGGCGCCGCCCGCCGGCAGUCCGUUCGCCACGUCGGCGGCCGUCUCGCGCGCCAGCCGCGACACCGCCGACGCGCUGCUGGAGGCGCGCCGGGGGCGCACCGAGCAGUGGCGCCUCGACUCGAGCUGGGAGUUCCUGGGCCGCGGCGACGACGGCUGCGACGCCGACUCGGAGACGGACGAGGAAGCGCCGGCCGAGCGGCCGGUCACGCGGCAGACGACCUCCACCGAGCCGCCGCCGGACCCCACCGCCGAAAUCUCGCCCGAGGAGCAGACGCGUAUCGUGCACGCCAUCAUCCGGCAGAGCCUGCCGCUGGCCGUGCCACCGGCCGCCUCUGUGUCGGCCUCCGAGUACGACAACCUGCGCCCGUCGGCGACGGCGCUGGCGACGUCGGCGGCGGACCGCGGCACCGACGCCGACACCGACACGGACGUCUCCAAGUGGCAGUCGAUCAUGCGUCUGAUGAGCGACCAGAUGCGACUGCGCAGCGGACAGUUCGACGCCGACGAGCGUCUGUUCACCGACUCGGAGUCGUUCGUGCUGGCUGCGGGCGAGCCGGAGCGGGAGCGGGAGCCGGAGCCGGUGUCGGCGCCGCAGACGGAGCCGGCGGCGGUGGAGAUGCCGGACCGGCUGAUGCCGCCGCGGCUGCCACUCUCUCGCUCCCAGCAGGAGUCGCUUUAUUCUCCGCCCCGCCUGAACAGCCUCAGACUUCACCGGAAGAGUCAGCAGUCAGGUGCGGCCAUCAGGGACUACGUCAUGAAGCUGGCCAACGACGACUCCAGCACGUUCGCGCUCUGCAUAUUUAACUUCCUGCAGUGCACGCGGGAGGGUGCUGAGACGGACCCGCACGUGGUGAUGCGAAACGUGCGUCAGUUCUGCAACGGCAUCAAGAACUAUCUGGUGAAACACGGGGAGGCGGAGUUCCACCAGGUGGUGCACCAGGAGAGAGACAAGCUGUCUUCCACCGAGUUUCUGAACCUGGACGCGAUCCUGGAGGGCGUGCUGGAGGAGCUGCUCGUCACUCCGCUGCACGACCACGUCAGCCGCCUGUGGCGCGAGGCCGCCCAGCGCAGUGGCGCCACCCAGCGGCUGGCAGAGAACUUCGAGUUCGCGCGCAGCCGCCCGGCGGUGGCGCUGGGCCUGAAGCCACAGCAGACACCGCCGACGGCCGCCGUGCUCGCAUCGGUGCGCCACUUCCUGGGCCGGAUGCAGGACUCUGCUAGUCCUCUGGACAAGCUGGAGAGCCUGCUGGCCACGGUGUCGGUGCUGUUCUCCGCGGCCGGCGGUGAAGACGCCUCCAUCCCGGCCGACGACUUCCUGCCGCUGCUGCUGUACGCGCUGGUCCACUGCCACGUCACCAAUGUCGAGUUCGAGGCGGACUACAUGUGGGGUCUGCUGCACCCCCUGCUGCUGAACGGCGAGGCCGGCUACUACUUGACCAUGCUAUCCUCGGCCGUGCACGUGCUGAAGAACCUGCUGCACUACCUGGGUGACAGGUCCCGCGACUCCAACACCCGGCUGUCGCAGCGUUCGGGCUCUUGCAGCGGCAGCGAGACGGUGGAAGGCUUCCUGCGGGUGGUGAUCCCGGAUGAGCAGCAGGGUACCAUCCUGAGCCGCACGCUGCCCUGCCGGCCCGGCACCACCGCCCGCGACCUCUGCAGAAUGCUUGACCACAAGCUGCGCAUCACCAGCCCCCAGGACUACGCCCUCUUCAAGCUGAUCGACGGCGAGGAAACGCUGGUAGGCGACCUCGAGUGCCCACAGCAGGUCAAGCAGGACUUGGCCGCCAAAGGCGUGCAUUGCAUGCUUGCCUACAAGCGGCUAGAGGCCAAGAUCGCCUGGCCGACCGGGGAACUGUGAACUGGAGGACUCAUCCUGCGCGAAGUAAUGUCGCCCGAAUUGGGGCGUCGCUAUUUUUACAGUGUACCUUAAGUAGCUUGCUCCCAGGUCUGU